UCGCCUGCCCCUCUCCCCACGCCGGUCUUCGCCUGGGGUCCGGCCAGUUUGUUUCUUAAGUUCCACGUCUCGGCGGGCGGCGCGUGCUUUCCUGGCACGUCCUUUUUGCUCGGUGUCUGGGGAGAUACCUUCUCUCACCCUUCCUUGGCUGCCUCAGACUGGCUCCAGACUCGUCGUCCUUCGGUGCCUCCUUCUCUUUGCCUCUCUCCUUUGACAUUUCCUAUUCUCUGAUGCAUGGGGGAGGGAUGAGAAGAGUGGGGAGUUUGGGGGGUAGGGAAGACGAUGGGUCCAGCCUGGACUACCUCACCAUUCCCCACUGCAGCCUCUAGGGAUUGGAGCCUGACCCCAGGAUGCUGUCCCCAGACUCCUCUUGAAAAGAGGAGGAACUCAUAUUUGGGAGAGAGGUGGCGACCCCGGAGUGUUUUAUAGACCCUCUGUAUGGGGACUGUCAAGUUGGGGCUCCGCUUGUUCAGACAACCCCGCUUCUUCCUGUUCCAACAUCCAAGGAAGAAAUGCCAGCCUGGCAGCCAUCCGGCUUGGAUCCCAACCAUCAUCAUGUCUAUAGAGAAGAUCUGGGCCCGAGAGAUCUUGGACUCCCGUGGGAAUCCCACCGUGGAGGUGGAUCUCUAUACUGCCAAAGGUCUUUUCCGGGCUGCAGUCCCCAGUGGAGCCUCCACUGGCAUCUAUGAGGCCCUGGAGCUAAGGGAUGGAGACAAACAGCGUUACUUAGGCAAAGGUGUCCUGAAGGCAGUAGACCACAUCAACACCACCAUUGCACCAGCCCUCGUCAGCUCAGGUCUUUCCGUGGUGGAGCAAGAGAAACUGGACAACCUGAUGCUGGAGUUAGAUGGCACUGAGAACAAAUCCAAGUUUGGGGCCAAUGCCAUCCUGGGUGUGUCUCUGGCUGUGUGUAAGGCUGGGGCAGCUGAGAGGGACCUGCCCCUAUAUCGCCACAUUGCUCAACUGGCUGGGAACUCGGACCUCAUCCUGCCUGUGCCGGCUUUUAAUGUGAUCAAUGGUGGCUCUCAUGCUGGGAACAAGUUGGCCAUGCAGGAGUUCAUGAUCCUCCCAGUGGGUGCUGAGAGCUUCCGGGAUGCCAUGCGACUUGGGGCAGAGGUGUACCACACACUCAAGGGGGUCAUCAAGGACAAGUAUGGCAAGGAUGCCACUAAUGUGGGGGAUGAAGGUGGCUUUGCUCCCAAUAUCCUGGAGAACAGUGAAGCCUUGGAGCUGGUGAAGGAAGCCAUCGACAAGGCUGGCUACACGGAAAAGAUGGUGAUUGGCAUGGAUGUCGCUGCCUCUGAGUUUUAUCGUGAUGGCAAAUACGACUUGGACUUCAAGUCUCCCGCUGACCCUUCCCGAUACAUCAGUGGGGACCAGCUGGGGGCACUGUACCAGGACUUUGUUCGGAACUAUCCUGUGGUCUCCAUUGAAGACCCCUUUGACCAGGAUGAUUGGGCAGCUUGGUCCAAGUUCACAGCCAAUGUCGGCAUCCAGAUAGUGGGUGAUGACCUCACGGUGACCAACCCAAAGCGUAUCGAGCGGGCCGUGGAGGAAAAGGCCUGCAACUGUUUGCUGCUCAAGGUCAAUCAGAUUGGCUCAGUCACAGAAGCCAUCCAAGCGUGCAAGCUGGCCCAGGAGAAUGGCUGGGGGGUUAUGGUGAGUCAUCGCUCUGGAGAAACAGAGGACACAUUCAUUGCUGACCUGGUAGUGGGACUGUGCACAGGCCAGAUCAAGACUGGGGCCCCAUGCAGGUCUGAACGCCUGGCGAAGUACAACCAGCUCAUGAGAAUUGAAGAAGAGCUGGGGGACGAAGCUCGAUUCGCCGGACAUAAUUUCCGAAAUCCCAGCGUGCUGUGAGCCCUCUGCUUGCCUGAAGACUGGACCCUCCAUCUCACCCUCCUGAAGCCUCCUUCUUGCUGUCCUGACCUGCCUUAGUUCACACUGAUACCUUGAGCCCAAAGUCACCCAGAACACCUCAACUUACCUGCUCUGGCUGCUCAUGGUUGCCACAACCCCUUGCUGUCUCUGCUCUUCCUCCUCUCUGGACCCGUUUUUGGGAUUCCAUUCUUCCCACUUUCCUGUCUAUUCUCUCUUCUAAAAAGAAAAAAAAAAAAGAAGAAGAUGCUGGAAGUGGGAAUGAAGAUUAGGAGGUGGUCUACAGAAGAGCCAUCGUUGUGUGACAGGAGCUUCAGGGCUGGUGUGCUGAUGUAUUUAGAAUGGGGCCAUGUGGCUGGCGGCACACAUGCUUUCAUGUUGUUUUUCAUGUUGUGUAUAAGCCAUGACCUAUGCAUAGAGCUGGUGUUUGGGGAGUGCUGGAUGUGUGAUCAUGUUUGGUAAGGCUUUAGUGUGUGUGUGUGUGUGUGUGUGUGUGUGUGUGUGUGUGUGCAUGCGUGCACACAUUUAUUUAUUUAUUUAUUUAUUUAUUUAUUUAUUUAUUUAUUGUUCAGCUUGUCAGUCAGUCAGAUCCCCAUAACUAUAGUCUGAAACUGACAUAACUUGACAGGACUCGGCAUCUGUAUUUCAUGUGUCUGCAUCCCAAGGCCUGGGAUGGGCAAUUUUGCUAGCAUGGGAAGGGUAACAGAAAAGAGCCUUAGCGAUGAUUUCACCCAGUGCACUAACUGAAGCUUGUACUUCACAGAAUGUCGCUGUGUGCCUGGAGGGCUUUUCCCCACGACUCUCUCCCCAGCCCUAGGUCUUUCUCCAGCUGCACCAGAGCACUGCCUCACCCCCUCCCAUGCCACGUUCCAAAGUUACCAUCAUCUUUGUGGCUUUGAAAUGAGCACCGCCAUUAAAAUCUGAAUCACAGUGCACCA